GUGCCACAUGAUGAAUUGUAAUUGUUAGAACCUUUUAUAAAUGGCUAUUAUGGUGCCACAAAGAAAGACUACUUGAGUUUUUACAAGUUAAUUUUUAUUAGAUAACAUGUAACUGGCACACUACUAUUACACAGCCCUGCAUCUUGAUUUGCAAAAAUGAUAUGAACUCAUAAUGAUGCCGAGUUACCAUAUACAGUUUUUUUUUCCCACAACAUAACAUUAGUUUUAAUGCACAUAUCAACAAGAGGUUUGCUUGUAAUGACAAAAGAGUAUUCAAAAUGAACCAUUUAACUAACAAUCUGCAAAAAAAUAUAUUUGUGCAAGUUUAUAAACAAGCUUUCUUUUUCAUAAAAUCUGUAAUUUUACAUCACGUCUUUGGAUGUACAGUAGUAAAACACCCAAAAAUGUGCAGUAGAAUUGGUCAUGUUUGCAUUUGCUUCUUUCACAGGCCACAAUUUUAACCUUGAAAUCAGGAUUAGGCAUAAAAUAAUGUUUCCAGAAUCAUUCAUACAAGUGAAAAUCGGCUGAGAAUUGAACAAAUAGUUAUAACCUGGCUCAGUGUAGGAUAGGAAUCAUGUAUUCAUGUCAGUUUAUCUUGUGAUUAAAGGAUAAUACAAGACUUCUUCGCCUUACAAAUGGUUGUCAAAAGCAGAAAUGCUAUGAAAAGCACAUUUUAUGAGAAAGUGGGACAUGCUAGAGCAAAACGAGCACUAUUUUUGAAAUCGGCAUCACAAAAUUAGUAAGAAACGCGUAGGAUUGGAUUUCAUUCAGCUAAAAUGAUGCAGGGUGGUGUUGUCUAGUGAAAUAGAUUAACUAUUGAGAAAUUGUCUUUCAUUUGAACUAAGCUGUAUUAGAUGCACUUUUCUUUUGGCCCUUUCUAUAUAAAAUCCGUAGCUAUCACACACAGUUGCUGUGCUGUCACUUGAAGUCAAAAGAUAUUCAAAUCAAUUUAACUGCUACCACCUCGCUAUUUCUGCAGUUAUGAAGAAACAACUCAACUCUGCUUAGAUUUCGAUGGCUUUGUUUGCUCCAAAUCUCUUUGACACCUAAAGACUGACUCUUAAUAUUUUCCAAAAGCCCACUGUUUGAGAUGUUCCAUCCUAUCUAGUAUUCAAAUGGCUGCUGAAUGUAUGCGUAUUAUCUGUCGGCCAUGCUCUCUGUGGUCAAUGACAUAUAGGAGAGAGCUUCCUCAUCUCAGUCAAACCUGAGCACUACGGGUGUACUGUGAACAGUGGUUUCCCUGCGUAUGGUAUUGUCAGUUCUUUCAUUUUUCUUAAUUUCGGUUUUGUUUCCUUCUGUGUGCUUGCGACAUUCCUAAAAGCAGCCUGUGAAAUGACACCGUUACAAUUCAAAGAUUCUUUUUGGGGCCCAGAAUUCACAAGUAACACCGGAUAUGAGACUCUUAUCCAGAGGCUAUGUGAUGGGCGACGAGCUUGCAAAGAUAUGGAGGAGCUCUUAAGAAUGAGAGCGAUGGCAGAGGAACGGUACGGCAAGGAAUUGAUUACUAUUGCACGCAAGACAGGAGGGCAAAGUGAAAUUGGUACUUUGAAGGCAUCAUUUGACCAGCUAAAAGCCCAAAUGGAGGACAUCGGAAAUUUGCACAUUCAGCUCUCUGGGAUGUUACGAGAAGAGGCGAAACGAAUGGAGCAGUUCAGAGAACGACAAAAGGAGCAGCGAAAAAAGUUUGAAGGGGUUAUGGAAAAGGUUCAGAAGACCAAAGUGUCAUUAUAUAAGAAAACCAUGGAGUCUAAAAGGACAUAUGAACAGAGGUGUAAAGAGGCUGAUGAAGCUGAACUGGCUGCUGAGAAGCUCAACAGUACAUCCACUGUCACCCCCAAACAAUCUGAAAAG